UACUUCCUCUUCGCUUCUGCUAAGGCUCCGCAACCAUGGUGAACGUGCCGAAGACCCGCAGGACUUACUGCAAAAAAUGCAGGAAGCAUCAGCCCCAUAAAGUGACGCAGUACAAGAAGGGGAAAGACUCCCUGUAUGCCCAGGGUAAGAGGAGAUACGACCGGAAGCAGAGUGGAUAUGGUGGACAGACUAAGCCGAUCUUCCGAAAGAAGGCCAAGACCACCAAAAAGAUCGUCUUGAGGCUGGAGUGUGUGGAGCCCAACUGCAGGUCCAAACGAAUGCUGGCCAUUAAGAGAUGCAAGCACUUUGAGCUGGGAGGGGACAAGAAGAGAAAGGGCCAGGUCAUCCAGUUCUAAGAUGCUGAAUCUUCAGGAUACGAUUGAAUAAAAACUAAAACAUACAAA